AUGCCGCUUUACAUACGAGACCAGCCUUAUCCUUCCUAUGAACAAGCUCAGCCAUACCAAACACCAGCUGCUCAAAAACUUCUGGACAGUGCAAGCGGAAAAUCAACAUGGACCGAAGAGACUUCUUUCCAAACUCAGGAUGAUGGCCAGUACCAUCCAAAACAGCCAGGAUCUACUGGAGUGAGUACCUUACAAACUCCAGCUGAUGGCUUGUAUCAUCUGAACCAACAAGACUCUCACUCUACCUUCGAUGAUUGUCAAUGUCACACAUAUCAAAAAGCCUCGGGUGAAACCCAAGUGACGCCAAAUGCCCCCGUCAAUACUGGUAUUCGAUCUCAAUCCAAAACAAUGUUCGAGGCGGUCAAGCCUCAAGAAACUCAAAGAGCAACCUCCAUACAAUCAUCCUCGGCACUUGAAACAAACAAUGCGGUACAAAAUCAGUCCCUGCUAGCCUCGGGAACACACAGUCUCUUAUACGAUCAAAUACCCAGCUCCACAAUCGAUGCUACAGCAUCUGUUACAUCUAUUCAACAAAUGUCAGCGAUGACUACUAGCAACCCAGACUCAAAUAUCGCUUCAUUAGCUGCCCACAAACCUUCAACCUCAUGGGCAUCAAGCCAUGCCGCACAAGCCGCAUCUAUAUCCUGUGCUGUCAUCCUCGUGGUGGCAUUCAUUGCGGGACUCAUAUUAUUCCCCCUGUCUAAAAAGCGAAGACUUCGGAAACAGCUCACCAAAAGCAAAGAGAACAAAAUGAUGGAAGCAAAGCCUCGCAGGAAUAUCUUAACAGGGUUCAAGUUGUGGAGUGGUGGCUUGAGAAAGAUGUCAGUAAUGGUAUACCUUAUCAGACCCAAGAAACACAGCAACUCCAUCACAGUCCUUCCAUACUUCACUUCCAACGAUACUCUGGAAAAGGAGCCAAAGGAAUUCAUAGCGACAGUUCAUGAUGAGAAACAAAAGGUGUUUUCUGUUGCUAAGAAAACCCCGACACUCAUUACAAUCACAGAUCCCCUGAUUUUGAGGGCCUUGACCUUGGAAAUUUACAGGACAAAGACCGAAGAAGCAUGCAAAUCUCCAGAGUCAAUGGAAAGUCCACAAGAAGAGAGUAAUUCAUCACCGCGCGUCACGUCAUCCAUAUCCAGUAUGUCUGAAGGGCAUUCCGAAUUCUCCUCAUCUCAACAAACAGAGCUCUCCAACGAGGAUACCAUCUACAGCCCAAGUUCUUUGGACAGUCCUAAAAUUGGAAACUUACUUUCCGCAAAUCCCUCAAUCAACAAUGUCUACAUGGUUGAAAUGGAUUUUAUUCCUUGCAAAACGGGACAGUUGGAGAUCCAGCAGGGCCAAUCAUUGGGUAUAUCAAAGAUUUUCGAAAACGGAUGGGCCCUUGGUGUCCGACUUGACUCUCCCGAGGCAGGCUUAGUUCCUCGCUCUCAUCCUUCUGCUUCUCCCAUCCGACAACAGGUUCAGUGUGAUGAACAAAGAAGAUCAUCAAAACGACACUCGCUUCCGCAGCAAACCUUCAACGCUCUGUCAUCGAGGUUUUAUUCGUGGCUUGCUAAGGAUAACGCUUCGCAUGAUAUGCCACCUGUUUAG